AUGCUAUCAAUUACGCAAGGUAUUGUUAGAAGAAGUGUGGCUAGACCUGGUUUGAUAAGGCCAUUGGUUAAAUGUAAUGCUAGAUAUUACAGUGACAAGCCUGAAGACAGUCUUACAUGGACUGAUUUCUUCCAGUUGAGAAAGCAGGAGCGCAGAAUCAAUGUUGGCUCCUCUGUGUUCACUGCUUUAGUGGGUGCUAAUGUGUCUUGGGCAUACCUAUCUACUAUGGAGAUUGACCCCACGCAGAUGAUAUUCGGUUUUGAUCCAUUAGUUGUGGUUACUGCCGGUCUUAUGGCCUCAGGUGCCUUGGGUUACCUAAUGGGCCCAGCUGUGGGAUCACAGGUGUUCAAGCUAACUAAGGGUAACAAACUAGCACAAUAUAACUUGAAGAACAAGGAAUUUUUGAAACACGUUAUUCAAAACAGAGUAGAUGCUUCCUCACAAAGUUUCAGUAAUCCGGUACCAGACUAUUAUGGUGAGAAAAUUGGUUCAGUAAAAGAGUACAGGCAAUGGUUGAGAGACUGUCAUGCAUAUGCUAAAAAAGCCAAGGAGUUUUUGUAA